AUGAGUCAAGUGUCACAAUCCCAGGAAGGCUCCGGGCGAUUUUGGAACAAGUUCAAAACAUCAACCAAAUCGUUAUCUACAUCAUUGUCACAUUUAUCCAUUAAGACAGAGAAAGAUGGUGACACAGCAAAUUCAACCCUGGUCCAUAAGGGACUGGUCAAAUUCUAUCAAAAUCAGCACCCCUUCCAGGGAUUCCCAGGCUGGUUAGGGGAGAAAGAAGAACUACCUAAUGAGCGCAAAAUAUUAGAUACGCAAGUGAAGCACGAUAUGAAAAAGCAAAAUUCUCAUAAUUUCUCAUCGUCCUUCUCCAGCAGAAGGAAACCUUCUUCUGAAAACCCCAUGGAUCCUCCUGCGUCGAGUGGGAGCGUGCCGGAAUAUACACCUGCAAGCAAAUCCUUUCAGAACAUUUAUAACAACACAGCAAGUUCUUCUGGCUCAGCACCGAGAAGGGCUGUAUCGCGACCCUCUAAACCUUCUGCAGGCCAAGAAUUUAGAGCAAGCUUAGGUCGGAGUAAAACAUCGGGAAGUUUUAACACUUCCAAUACUCCAACGCCGCCACCAGAAUCAAAUGGUGGGGUUAUGGCAAUGAAGGAUAGACUAAAGAGGCGCAAUAAUGAUUAUGGGUUUUAA